AGUUUCAUUUUGACGGCAGGUGGUGGAAGGUGAAAGCUAUCAGAUCGUGAAAAAGGUGCUCCCGCUGUCGUUGCGUUGUGCGUGCUCAGUAAAAAUAUUUUACAUUUUGAUUUGCGUUAUUUAAACUUUUGAACACAAAUCGCUUUGGAUAUUUUUUGUUGGCCUGCAGUUUUCUUGUAUCGGACUUUUUUUUACUAUAAAAAAGCAUGGGUGGAAAACGGACUAAGAAUAAUACGAAGCCCUCCAGUAGUGGUCGCAGUGCGGAGAUGCUUGGAAGCAACGUGUCAACUUUGUUUGGUUUUACUGCUCUCGAUAGCAGCAAAAUGCCAGUGGUACCAAGCUUUGUGCAGAUUGAAACCCACGGUGAGGACAUUGAUCCCAAUUUGGACGACACAUUCCAGAUUGUGCUGAAGAAGAUGCUCAAGAAGGACCCUGUCACGAAAACAAAGGCUUUACAGGAAUUCACCGAACUCAUUAACAAAUCGGACUUGGAAGUGGUCAAAUCGGUGAUCCCGUUUUGGCCUCGCCUGUACAGCAACUUAUCCAUGGAUGUAGAACACCGCGUGCGAGAAACGGCUCAGCAAGCACAAGCGGCCGUGAUUGGCAAGGCGGGCAAGCAUAUAGCACCGUUUUUGAAACAGCUGGCACCCGCCUGGAUUUCCGCCCAGUACGAUACUUACGCACCGGUUGCUAGUGUGGCAGGCCAAUCGUUCAGCAGUGCGUUUCCGCCCAGCAAGUUGCGCGAAGUGUUUGUGUUUUGUGAAAAUGAAAUUCUUGAUUACUACACGAAGAAUCUGACGGUCCACACGGCGAUCACGCUGAGUAAUCCAAAAUCUCAUACACCGGAAGAAUGUGAAAACAAGUACCAGCGAGUUUUGAUAGCGAGUCUCCGGGGAUACGCGCUAUACCUCAGUAAAAUGCCGGAGGAUCAGCUGCACAAAUCCGUCGAAAAAAAUGGACUUCUUUUGGACAAUGCAAAAUUUUGGUCGUACCACAAACACAAAGCGCCCGCUGUGCGAUCCGCUUGGUUUGAAGUGAUUUCUGCACUGCUUCAAUAUGGAGCAUUUUUGGUUGAGAAACAUCAGCAGCAAAUAACAACCAGUGUAUUCCAAUUCAUGGAUGAAUCGGAACCCACGGUAGUGAUGCACAUAUGGAGCUCGAUUGUCCUCGUGCAAGCCAAAAUCCCUAAUUGGCACUCGUACCUUAACUUCGAUAAAGCGGUGUUUCCUAAAUUGAGCAAGGUUUUGCGAACCGGAGGUGGUGGAAAUGCUGCCUGCGUUUUCCCCCAUAUGUUGCCUUUGGUCUCAAAGUUUACCCGCGAAGUUCUCGGAGAUAAAAUGGAAAAGUUUCAAACGUUAUUAUUCGAUGGAAUGAACGAAGGUCUUAAGGCAACGCAUUCCAGCAGGACCGACAUUACAGCAAUCUCGCAAGCAUACUAUGAGGUGUUUCAGUAUGUAGUGAUUCAAACAGUGAAAGACGAGCAUUUGCAAUCCGAAGAAGUUGACCGAUUUUGUGAAAAAAUGCUGGAAGACCACCUUAUGAAAGUAAUUGAAUGGUGCAUCACAACGGAAUCUUCCAGCGGGCGAUUUAUUUUCAGUAAUAUUGCUUCCCUUCUGGACUAUUGGUGCCAGUACAGUGCUGCUGUGAAAAUCUACGAGCGACUUUUAGUCCAAUUCUGGAAUCGUUUGUUUGAAGUAGUCGAACAAAGCAUAACCGACGGUGCCGGUGACAUUGAACAAGUGUCGCAGUCGCACAUCGAAUUGGUUCAAAAUCUCAAACGAACCUCUCAUAAGCGGGUCAAAUUCACCAGUGAUUCAGCCGAACGCCAAACGUCCUCCUCCCAAACGGAAACCAAUCGCCAAACUGAGGAACAUGCGCACCGCUUCGAGGAUCAGCUGCAGACAUUGGUAUAUAAAAUUUGCCGUCUGUACAUUGAUCGCAUCACCGUCACGCGAAGUCAGGCACUGGUUUUGCAGCUGGAGAACCUUGUGCGGCACUUUCAGUGUCCGAAGCUGUUUGAAUUUGUGGCAGGCGGUGGGGAAGCCGUCAAACUUGAUGGGCUGUUUGAAACGUUUGCCGGUGUCUGGUUGAAUGACGAGCGGCUUCAGUCCGAGUACAUUGUCGAGAUUGUAUUGAUUUUAUACAAAUAUUUGCCAGAGGAGGAGAGGGUGCCAACGCUGAACAAGUGGAUAAAGAUUGCCAAUAAAACCGUUCAGCGCUGGUUGAUACUGCGAGCGUUGAGUCACCCCCUCUGUCAGGACCGAAACAUAACGAAAUUCCUCACCCAAAACGAGGUGAGCCAGAACCUAAUUCAAUGUGCUCGGGCGGUCACGCAAGGCGAUACCAAGGAGAACAUGAUUCUGCUGCACAAGUGUUUCCUCAUAUCGGACAGCGGGGACGUGCUCAUUGAUCCGGAUACGUGUGCCAAAAUCGUCGAAACAAUUGCCACCCCGCUGAAGAACGACGGGGAAAUCGAACUGAAGGAUACGUGUGCCAGCUUUUUGGCGCAAAUUAUGCCCGUCGUCUGCGGAGACAGUCGACAGGGAGAACUGCAGCGGCGAAUGUUUACGAUGUUGUUCGAUUUUAGUGCCGAAAAUAGCGUGAGCGAUUAUUUAUCCGAAGAUACAUUGUGGGAGGUCACGACGGCCUGGCAGGAUGCAUUGUCUAGCGAAGAUUUGACGCUUGAUCGGGAGCUGAUCGAGCAGUGUGCGGGAAUUGUGGACAAGGAAUUGAUAAUAUUUUUUGAUACGGAAAGCUUUAAUUUGGAGCGAUUUGAAAAGUUGGCUGAAGUUUGCACCAAACUAAUGACGUGUUCGACAGAGUCAAUGAAAAGGGAUGAACCAGAACGUUGCAAACAGAUUGAUGUUAUAUUUGGAAGCAUCGACAAGAAGGAGUCUGGUAAAAAAGCUACAUCCAAAGACGUUUUGGAGAAGUUGGCGAUUUAUGUUGAACUGCUAAAUGGAGGAUUGAUGGCAAAAAGUGGCGAAUUUCAAUCGGAUUUAUCGUCGGAGGCAUUUACUAAUAAUCUGCGGUUUCUGUUGAUACGAGAAUUGUUUUGUCUCAAUGUGGUUUACAAGUUGUCUUGUAAUCCUAAACGAAGACCAUCACGAUGCAGUGACAGUAAAAUGGAUCAUGACGGACAGCCAGAUAGUGAAUAUGAUGACGAUGAUGCCCAGAUGGACGACGAGGAAAAUUUGAUCCACUGCUGGUCGGAAUUGAUGUAUGAAAAUGUUCUAUCUGUGAUAUACUCGGCCGCAAUGGGCGAUACCCUUUUAUACAGUACCAAUGAUCUUGACAGUACCGUUGAAACACUUAUCAUCGGUCUCCAGGAACGCUUGGCGCUCACGUUGAAAAAUUUACCGACUGGCAUAUUGGAGACUCUCAAACAACGCUUGUUCCGUCUAGCUAACGACUCGGGAUUACUCUGGGCUAAAUCUGUAGCUUCUCUUCUGGAAACAAAUCAAUAUUCUGAGGCCGGGAGUGGAGCUGUUCUCUUGUACGAAGAUGCUUCAACGGUCGCGAAUAGUGAUGACUUGAUUACCUACAUCAACAUUCUACAGGUCUUAUCAAAAAAAAUGUCACCCAAAUGUCUCCCCAUCACGCCAAAUCUGUUCGAGAACUAUUUCGACGUUUUAGUCAAGUUGGCCGCCACUCGCAGUUUGAUCGAGAAUCAUUUUGCCUCUAAUUACAACGACGUCGGCGACAGGAGAAUUAUCGGUAACACAUUGAUCGUUCUGCAUGAGAUCAUAAGCAAACACAACGCUUCCAAAUGUUUACUUUACAACUGUGAUCUUUCGCAAGUGGACGCCGGAAAGCUCUAUUUAGAUACCGAGCUUGCGAACGUGCUGAGUGCUGUAAUGAAUAAUUUUGCCAGCGAGCUUGACAUCGGCAAGUGGGAUUUUGUGAGAAUCGCCCUCAGUUCAUGGAUUUUGACCGUAUCGAAGAACCAUCAGAAUUUUAGAGCGAAUAAUAUUUCCAUUUUCAUCGCUGCUAUCUUCAGGUUGUUCAGUGCGGUGACAAAGUUUUUCGAGGAAGAGAAAAUCAGAAGUUCUACUCAACUACUGAUGAACGUUAUUGAGGAAUGGGACAACGUAUUUGCCAAAGAUGUCAACCUUGUACUGCUGAAAGCAUUUAUCAACAUCGUCAAAGAUAUAGACCGAACAAGAAAAUCAGAUGAAUACCUUUUGGAUGCAAUUGGUCCUCAUGUUGAUUCCAUAGACUUCAGUCACGUUCUCAACGCAAACAAGGUUGACUCGAAAAUCACUCUGGAUGAUCUGAUAGCGUUUGCCUUGAGCAAUAUCAGCCAUUGGAACGCUCGGGUGCGCGUGUCUUCGGCGGCUAUUCUACGCAAACUGUCAGACGGGCUAAUCCAGCGGGAUCUGGAGCAGUUACUACGACGGAACGAAACAGCCGAACAACAGCAAAAGAAUUCCGAGGACGUGGACGACAGUUGGCACCUGUUGCAGCGGUUUAAGGUAAAAGUGGAUGAGUUCCAACCAGCGAUGACGGAGUUUGUAGCAAACUUUAACUAUAAGAUCAACGAAAUUGAGGAUGGUCCGGCGUUUGAGCAACUGGGAGGAGAUCGUACCGCAGCGUUCCUUUUGGUGUGGGAUUGCAUUUUGGGAAUCUGUGCCAAAUCACCAUCCGAACUGCGAUCGAUUUAUGCAUCGUGGAUUACCAGAAAUCAUUACGAACAGGUACUUCUUCCAGUAUUAUUCAAGUUGAUGCCUAACGAAAUUCUGAAAAAUCCGGAUUCGGGUGCUGUAUACGGACAAACUAUGUUUGCUAGGCUGGAAUGGAGUCAAAUCAAAAAUGCCGCUUUGAAACCGGAACGGUACGCAUGCCAUUUAUACACCCAAUCCUUACGCUUCCUGCCGGCGGUUGUCCGCCGUUGGUGGAAUGGAUUGAACCACCGACAUGCAGCCAUCGUCGGUAAGGUUACCAGCAGUUGCGUAUCGAGCCUGCUCUGUCAGGACGAGUUCCAAGCGUUGAUUGACAAGAAAGACAAACAGGACAACAUGCAGAUCAAGGUUCACGCCGCUGCCCGACAGGUGAUGGCCGUUUACUCCAUUGACGAAGCGAAAGUGGAAUUGCACAUCACGCUACCAAACAAUUUCCCGCUGGGUGCCAUUACCGUUGAAGGUGGCAAGCAGAUUGGUGGUCGGUUGCAGUCGCGACAGGUAGUCAUGCAGCUUUCAAUAUUCCUAACGCAUCAGAAUGGUUCCAUCUGGGAUGGUCUGUCGCUCUGGAAGCGUAACUUGGAUCGGAAGUUUGAAGGAGUCGAAGAAUGCUAUGUUUGCUAUAGCGUCAUUCAUCAGGAUACUUGUCAGCUACCGAAACUUUCGUGUAAGACCUGCAAAAAGAAAUUCCACGGCCCCUGUUUAUAUCGAUGGUUCAGUACUAGCAACAAAUCCACAUGUCCGAUUUGUAGAAAUAUAUUUUAGAUUAGAGUUUUUUUUUAUUUCGAAAGCGACACUUCUCAGAAUAGCCUCACAGGAAAUGUUACUUCUACACAAAUUGCUACAUUUCACGCAGAGUUGGAAAUUGAAUGUUCAAGAUCAUACCAGCAAUAGCCACGGCGUAGGUUCGACAGAAUAAACAGUUCGCUGAAAUAAAUUAAUCUUGAAACAAAAUGUAAAA